AAGAUUUAGAGGCAAUGGCAUCCAAAGGGCAAUCAAGAUUUCGGGUUUGGAUUUCUGUGUACUUUCUGUGUUGGCUUUGGAAUAUAGCGGGCGGACAGCUGGUGUAUUCAGUGUCGGAGGAAGCAAACACAGGCACUACAGUUGGGAAUUUGGGGAAGGAUUUUAAUCUGAAUAUUCAGGACCUUGAGGUUCGAGGGUUUCAUAUUGUUCCGGGACCGAACAAGAGGUAUUUCGAUGUUAAUACUAAAACUGGAAUUCUCCAUGUCAGAGAGAGAGUUGACCGAGAAGAGAUUUGCGAGCAGAAUAUUAAAUGUUCUCUGCCUUUAGAAGCCAUGAUUAGCUCACCAUUGAAUAUUUACCGAUUUGAAAUAAAUGUUGUUGAUAUUAAUGACAAUGCACCAGCAUUUCGGACAUCAAUAACACAUUUGAAUGUCAGUGAAUCAGCUUUUCCGGGGGAGAGGUUUCCGUUAAACAGAGCAUUUGAUGCUGAUGUUGGAGUUAAUUCGGUAAAGAACUACAAACUGAGUCCGAAUGAGCAUUUUUCUCUGGAUGUUCAGAGCGGAGGAGAGCGGAGUGUGUCGGCUGAAUUGGUGCUACAGAAAGCAUUAGAUCGAGAGAAACAGCCUGUUAUCCAAUUCACACUGACCGCUGUAGACGGAGGAAAACCACCGAAAUCCGGUACAAUGCAGAUUGUUGUUAAUGUUGUGGAUAUUAACGAUAAUAUUCCUGUUUUCAGUAAGUCUUUGUACAAAGCUCGAAUCAACGAGAAUGCGGCGCCUGGUACUCACGUUAUAACUGUUCAAGCUGUUGAUUUAGACGAGGGCGUAAACGGUGAUAUAAUUUAUGCAGUUGUCAACCACGACAACGAUAAAAAUGUAAAUGCGUUUUCGAUAAACCCUGAAACAGGUGAAAUUACUGUGCAAAAAUACGUUGAUUAUGAGCAGAGUAAUGCAAUUGAAAUCCGAAUACAAGCAAAAGAUAGAGGUUAUAACCCGAGGGCUGCACACUGUAAAGUGCUGGUCGAGGUCGAGGAUGUCAAUGACAACAUACCAGAGAUAUCUGUGACGUCUUUAGUGAGAACUGUUAAAGAAGAUGCUCCGAUUGACACAAUGGUUGGAAUGAUAACUGUAACUGAUAGUGAUGCUGGUAAAAACGGACUGGUAACAUUAAACAUUCAGGGCUCUGCUCCUUUUAAAGUUCAGAAGUCGUACAAGAAUUAUUAUACUUUAGUUGUUAACGGGCCUUUAGACAGAGAGCGCGCGUCUGAGUAUAACGUGACUAUCACAGCUACUGAUGAAGGCACUCCGCCUCUCUCUAGCACCAGUGUCAUUACUGUACACGUUUCUGAUGUGAAUGACAACGCGCCGCGCUUUCCAGAGCCCGUCAUUAAUGUUUAUGUGAAAGAGAACAGUCAGAUUGGAGCUGUUAUUCAUACUGUAUCUGCUUUUGAUCCUGAUGUAGGUGAUAAUGCUCGGAUAACAUAUUGUUUAAUAGAAAGCUCAAAAAGCGGCCCAGUAACAUCCAUGAUCAACAUAAACUCUGACAGUGGAGAUAUACAUAGUUUACAGUCGUUUAACUAUGAGGAGAUAAAAACGUUUGAGUUUAAAGUUCAGGCCACAGACUCUGGUGUUCCUCCGCUCAGCAGUAACGCGACUGUCAAUGUUUUUAUCCUGGAUGAGAAUGACAACAGUCCCGGGAUUCUCGCGCCCUAUUCCGAGCUCGGUUCCGUUAACACGGAGAACAUCCCCUAUUCUGCUGAUGCGGGCUACUUUGUGGCCAAGAUCAGGGCUGUAGAUGCAGAUUCUGGUUACAAUGCGCUGCUGUCUUACCACAUCUCUGAACCCAAAGGAAACAAUCUGUUCCGAAUCGGAACCAGCAGCGGGGAGAUCAGGACUAAGAGGAGAAUGAGUGACAAUGACCUGAAAACUCACCCGCUGGUCAUUUUGGUUUGUGAUAACGGAGAGCCCUCACUGUCAGCGACUGUGUCUAUUGAUGUUGUGGUUGUUGAAAGCGCAGGUGACGGCAAGACUCCAUUCAGACACGCGCCGAUAAAGGAGGAGAGUUUCUCGGAUUUAAAUCUGUAUUUGCUGAUCGCCAUUGUGUGCGUGUCCGUCAUCUUUUUCCUGAGUCUCAUCAGUUUGAUAGCUGUAAAAUGCCACAGGACAGACAGCAGUUUGGGCAGGUACAGCGCCCCGAUGAUCACCACUCACCCUGACGGGAGCUGGUCUUACUCCAAAUCUGCUCAGCAGUAUGACGUGUGUUUUAACUCGGACACACUGAAGAGUGACGUGGUGGUGUUCCCUGCGCCAUUUCCGCGGUACUCACGUUAUAACUGUUCAAGCUGUUGA